ACACCUUGCUGCUAUCACGUCGUUCCGCGCCACACUCACUCGUUGGCACCGUCUGAACGACCACGCAGUGCGUUGAGAAAAAAUUUGUUGGUGUUGGUCAUCGGAUUUUGCAGCGUAUGCAAAACGGGUCAAUCGGAUUUACUAGUUAUUUCACACAGCAUACAUCCACAUCUAAAACAAGUUAUUUAGAAUUGUGUCAUCGGUUGGAGACAGAGCUAGAAGUAAUUAUAGACAUAUCCUCUUUAAAUAUUUAUAUUUACAAUGUGCGGAUAAUAUAAGUGUGUGAUUACGGUAAAAUGCAACUGAUUAUUAACUCUGUGAGUGUAUAGUUUAUUCCUGCUACAGACUUGAGACACAAAUGGAAAAUUUAACUUAACCUAGCUACAACCGCACCGUCGGAUUGAUAAGAAAAUGUUUCUCGCCACGUUUGUCAUCUCCAGUACGAAUAAAUGCAGUGCUGUGCUUAGAUAUGAAGAAUCAGCUCACUAAAUUGGAUUACAAUGAAUGCAUCGAUAUUUACCAGAAUUUUGGGACUCUGCGCGCAUCUAUUGUUUUCAGGUGUAUUGCUGGUGAAAGGGGGAGUCCAGAGCGCCGGCGGAAGCGGCUUAAAUGUACUUCCCGAGAGUGGCACACUAUCGCCGCUAGGGUCCCCAUCUGCACACAACCGCUUCGAGCCUCAGUUCGAUACAAUGAUACCGCGAAACGUCACUGCGCUAGUCGGCAAGUCGGCUUAUCUCAGCUGUCGAGUUAGGAACUUGGGAAAUAAAACGGUAUCCUGGAUCAGGCACCGAGACCUGCACAUCCUCACAGUGGGCAGCUACACGUACACGAGCGACCAGCGUUUCCAGGCCAAUCACCAUCCGGAGACCGACGAGUGGACGCUGCAGAUCAAAUGGGCACAGAAGAGAGACGCCGGCAUCUACGAGUGCCAAAUUAGCACUCAGCCGGUGCGCAGCUACUCCGUCAAUCUUAACGUUGUGGAUGUUUUGGUGUACGAAGUGAAUUGUGGCGAAACGAGCAGCGUUAACCUGAUAGCGAUGGUUCUGAUAGCCACCAUAAAAUUCGCGGAUUCAGUGCCGACGGCGGCGAUUCUAGGAGGGCCCGAUCUGCAUGUCGACAAGGGCAGCACCAUUAAUCUGACCUGCUCCAUCCGCUUCAGCCCGGAGCCGCCGGCGUACAUCUUCUGGUAUCAUCACGAUGACGUGAUCAGCUACGAUUCGAACCGGGGCGGCGUGAGCGUCAUCACCGAAAAAGGCGAUGUAACAACGUCCUUUUUGUUAAUCCAGCACGCUGAUAUCACCGAUUCGGGCAAGUACUCCUGCAGCCCCUCGAAUGCUGACGUCGCAAGCGUGCGAGUGCACGUCCUCAACGGCGAGCGCCCGGCAGCAAUGCAGACCGGCUCGGCGGGACUGUCGAACAGCUCGGUGAACGUCCUGGCGUUAAUCAUCACCCUCUAUCUGUACACCGCAACAUACAUUAGCAUACAGCUGGAGACUGCGAAGACUCGCGGCGCCGCCUCCACAACGCGGUAGCCAUUUAAGGGCCGUCAACUGUACAUACCAUAGACGCAUGGCACGGCAUGGUAUACCGAUAAGGAAAACUUCAAACGCAACUUCCCAACCGAGCCCAUCGUUUCGCAUGGGCAAUUAUACAACACAACCAACGGAGCGAACAAAAGAAACCGGCAACUGGACAGGAAUACAACGCGCACCACAUUGUAUUAUCGUGCAGACACAGUGAGUACGUACUUUCGUUGAUGCCGAAAGUAAAUGUCACGUAAAGUGGAUAAGACAUUAGCAUUUAAAAAGUUUGUAAGCGCCGCAUGGCGGUCCAGGAAGCACCUUCGGCGUUGCAACUUUUACCCAACAAGUUUUUGGACCGCCGCGUGGUAAGUUAGCGGGUAAUUACCAUUCUUUCGUGUAAAUUCAUUGUAAAUAUUUAUUUACCUACACUUUUCGGACAACCUGAGCGACGUAUGUAAUUUACUCGAGCAUAACGACAUAUGAAACUUAAAGUGUUACGAACAUAUAUCACUGUAUCUAAUAUUCGAUGUCUUUAGCAAAUUCCUAGCAUAAAAGUUAUUCAAUUAAGCCAUGCGGAACCGAGUUGUACCGAGAAGUCGAUUUUGUUUUCGAGGUUUCCGUCUCAGUCGAAUCUCGACGACGGAAAUUAAACGAUAAAGAAGCUUUACUGAACGUAUUUCCUUUGAUUACGACGGUCGAGGGGAAGAAAGAAAAUAAAUAAAUGUUGAAUAUUACUUAUUAUCUGAAUAUAUAGAUCUCUUUAUUAAAAUUGUACAAAGGACAUAAUAAUUAACAAUUCAUAUUGGCCCUUGAGUGAAACACUAAAGAAAACAUUUAGAUGUAGUUCAUGAAAUCUUGCGUAUGUUUAUCGUGAUAAAGCUGGGCGUGGUUGUUGGGUGAAAGAAAGAAAGCAGCAGUAGCUGAAGCGUAUGAAACAUCAGACGUUUUUCCGGGUGUCUUCGGUGGGAAUUUUCGAGACGCACGGCAUUCCGGCACGAAAUCUAGCUAUAAUUCAGCGAAUUAAUUGGCACCCUUUCGUCCCUUUAAACCCUUCGGUCCCGGCGCGCCAGCUCGAGUUUCCGCACGAGGAUACUCUCCGCGUAUUUGCAUGAAGAUAUAUAUUAUCAGGUGCAACGUAAUAACAACUAUCGAAUAACGCUGGACAUCCUUUUGGAGCGCGCACCCUCGCAUGUUUAUUAUUCCAUUUUCACGCACGGCGCCCCCGCACGGACCGACGCUUGCACACCCCACGAGUGAGAGGACGACGCGAAUUGAAUUGUAUAAUCCCUGGGCCCGAACGGACCGCCGCGUUUUGACACAAAACUAGUUCAUUUCGAAUUUGAGCGCGCCACACCGCUUUGCCGGCAAAGCUUUUAAUCUCUGAGUUAAUUUAUUAUAUUUCGCCGUUUUGAGCAAACAACUUCGCUUAAUGAACGGAACGCUCAAAGAACGUUUACACUGCGUCCAAAACAGGAUGUUUACAACAACAAAAAACUCGUCCGUAAAGAACCCUUUCAAGUAUCAAACCAGAGAAAAAAUUUAAUAACAAAACUGUGUAAACUAGUGAUCGAAGUUUUGAUAUAAUUGAAUAUAAUAGAAUAGCAUCAGAGGGCGGUUGAAGCAACAGAGCACAUUUGUAAACAUCCGCUGUACGGAUGGAUACUUUAUUGCAUAAUAAAAUUUAAUUAACACAUAUACGCGCAAAUGUAAACAUUUUUCGGCUCAAUUCUGAAAAUUGCUCUUUGUCUUGAGCUUAGGCGUGGGGGGGUUAAAACCGGAUGGAAAAGUUACAGGUCUCAACCUGGUAAUAACUUCAUACGCGCACGCAUUCUACCCCAGGCGUAAUAAAAGGUAAUAAGUGCCGGUGUGGAGGACUUAAAACUUUUUAAUAACGCGGCGGUAGAAAUUUUAUUAUGUUGUCAGAUGCAAUGAAGCCUAUCGUCGUUUGUACUAUUCGGCAGCGUCGUCAUUCGUGUUGUUGUUUUGUGUAUGGCUUUCAUUUUUCAUUUAUUUAAUGAACGCGACAAACGACAAAGGGAAUCGGCUCAAAGGAUAUGCACCACGCAAACGCCCACCCGCUGCUGUCGAGGAUGAGGAAAUGAGUUUUUCAAUUUGAAUCUCGCGGAAUUUCAAGUGCAGCACACGUUCUCGUUUUUUUUUUAUUUUUGCACACCCGCUCACGCGCUUCGUGUUUCUCGUGCGAGUUUUUGACUUUGUGUUCGGUUUUUAUUUAUUUUCCGCACCGCGCGCGAUUUGAAUUCGUUCUUAAAGAUUACACACCGCUGAGCGUUAGCAAAAAUUCCCCAAUCCUACGCGAGGAGAACCUAAUCAUUUCGGAAUGCCAUUAGAUUCGUGAGCACAAAGGGCACGCGAUCUGCGGAAACCUUAUUACGCCAAAAAAUAAAUACCAACCAAGCGGAAUAAUUUCAAAAACGAGUUGGAGUGACUUUUUCCAAGUUGUUUAUUAUUUUGAAUCACAUUCGGAAAAUGCCAAUGUCGUCUGGUUAAAAUGAAGCGACGAAUGAUUGUAUAUAUCUUUGUUUUUAAUUUUAAUACAGUUAUGAGACUUGAAUCUGACUACAAAAGUUGCAUAACAUUUUGCAAUACAAUAAUUAAACAAUUGUAGAAAUUUAGCACACCUAUACCAAAGAAUUGACGCCAUUAUUUGAAUCCAUUUAAUGUAUAUGAUUAAUUAUCAAUAUUGACCGAUAUGAAUGUUUCAUCACCUUUUAAACACUUUUAGUCUCUAUGAAAACAUACAAUCUCAACUUACACUUAUGGCCAUCACUUUGUAUGAAAUGUAAAUGUAAUACACCGAAAAGGAACAAGCAAAUUUAUUGAACAGUCAAUAGUUAAUUUGUAUUUAGUGAACCGAGCUCAACAUGAAUAUGUAUGCAUCGCGGGGGCCGAAGAUUGCGAUUGCUUUGUGAUCGUGUCAUUCCGGAAGACAAAGCAAGUUAGAGCAGCGCAAGAACUCACUCACUUUGCCCGAAUUAUGGUUGUGUAACAGGCAACGGUCCACAAGCCAAGACCACUCGCAAUAUUCGACUCAGCGUAAUGCGAAACAUUUAACUUGGAAAUUAGCAAACAAUUGCGCUGCGGACGGACAGAUUUUAUAAGAAAAGGUGUGCGCUAAUUGUUCGCCUCGCAGCACUCUCCUGCGGUGCGAGUGUGCGGGCGAACCAGUUGAGAAUUAAAUACAAGUGUAUAGCAGAUAAUUUAUAUGAUGUAAAAAUUAUGAAAUAAAGACAAAUAUAACAAUGGUAA